CCACAGCUACUACGCAGCCUCUUCACCAGCGAACAAAGAGACACAGAAAGCUCCCCACCCCAGUCGUGCCAGCAGCGCUACCACAGGGCGGCACUGGCACCCACUCUGAGGAUGUACCAAGAGUGCCUGCAGCUGCCAUCCGAGACAAUGAUUCACUG